CUCUCUCUCUAAUCCCCGCCUCAGCCGCCGCCUGGCUUUCUUCAGAAGCGAACAACUCAAACCCUCGUUUUUCCGAAGAUUUACGCCCCCAAACCAAACCCCUCCUCCACCUUUUUUCGCGCGCAGGCAUCUUCUUCUACUGAUAUUAAUGGAUUCAGAUCAGGGGAAGCUGUUUAUUGGCGGGAUUUCAUGGGAGACGAACGAGGAGAGGCUGAAGGAGCAUUUCCAUGGCUACGGAGAUGUACUGCAGGCUGUUGUCAUGAGAGAUAAAAUAACCGGCAAGCCUAGAGGCUUCGGAUUUGUUGUGUUUGCCGAUCCGAGCAUUCUCGAUAGGGUUCUAGAGGAUAGCCAUGUUAUUGAUGGCCGCACGGUAACACUGAGUGAGGAUGGUUUUCGCCAGUAUUUUGAAUCUUACGGCACUGUGACUGAUGUAGUAAUAAUGUACGACCAGCAGACAAACCGACCUCGUGGAUUCGGGUUCAUUUCUGUCGAUUCUGAGGAGGCAGUAGACAUGGUUCUACACAAAACCUUCCACGAGUUGAGCGGCAAGCAAGUCGAAGUCAAGCGCGCUCUACCUAAAGAUUCCAAUACCGGCGGCGGCAGUGGGCGGUCUAUGGGCGGUGGUGGUAGCAGUGGAGGAUACCAAGGUUAUGGAUCUUCUAUCGGUAAUUCAAGCGCUUAUGACAGUCGGGGGGAAUCCAAUAGGUACACACAGUCUCAAACUGCUGGUGCUGGCGGAUAUCCAUCUUAUGGUAUGUCCGGGUAUAAUGCACCGGCUUAUGGGUAUGGUGGUCCCACUAAUAACGGUAUGGGCUAUGGCUAUGGAAGUUAUGGUGGUGCAAAUCCAGGUUACGGAAUCCCUAAUGCCCUAAAUGCUCAAAGAAAUUCGUGGGGCCCGCAGGCUCAGUCUGGAUAUGGCUACGGAAGCUCUCAGUGGGGUGGAGCUGCUAGCGGUGGCAUUGGUGGUGGUGCCGCCCUUGCUGGUCAGUCUCCAAACCAAGGUUAUGGUUACGGUGGUGGAUAUGGUGGGACCGAUGGUGGGGCCUACGGAAACCAAGCCGCUUAUGGUGCAGUUGGUGGUCGUGCUGCAAACGGUGCAGGUCACUCUGACGGUGGUUACGGUGAUGGAAGUGGUAAUUCGGGGUAUGGUAAUUCAGGUUGGAGAUCAGAUCCAUCACAAGCUUCUGGUAAUAGCUAUGGAGGUGGCUAUGGUGGCGCUUCGACUUGACAGGCUCAGCACACUUUACCUUGUUGGAGCUUUCUACAGUUCGAAACUCUUCUCGGCUCUCGUGCAGUGUAAGGUGGCUCUUGCUGUAGAUGUCACCUAUAUUUAAGUGACUGGUUUGGAUUGCAUUUAGUUUGUCAGUACUACCUUUUUCUUUUUGUAAGCCCAUAAUAAUUCGUACUUGAGGAAUAGAGUUAGCUCAUUCUAUCUUCUGUCUGGUCGACUGUAGUUUUAAAUUUGGCUUUCUUUAUUGCUUUUUUAUCUGCUCUAGAGUCUUUCUUUACUCAUCGUUGUGCUCGAGAAUAUAGUGGCUUGUGUUGCUCUUUAUGUGAGUUAUUAAUUGAU